AUUACAACGUUUUGGUCAGAAGUAGCUGUGAACAUCGCUCUAAUCUUUAUGACACUGACGCUAAUACAUAAACAGAUUUGAGACGUAACGAAGACAAAAUGUCUGUGGAGGUUGUCGUUAAAAGCUCUGUCCACCAUGGAGAAGGACCACACUGGGAUGACGUCACACAGAGCCUUUAUUAUGUGGACUGCUACAUCAACGAGGUUCACCGGUUCGAUACUCGGUCAGGGAACGAUACGAAGAUACACCUUGGAGAUGGGUUAGCUGUUACAAUAUUUAUCCCACGAACACGAGGCGGCUACCUAGCAACGCAGCUUGUUGGGUUGUCAAUUGUCGAUUCCUUCGAUUCGGACAAAGUGACGCCCUUUGUGAAGAUACUUGAAGAUGGACAAGUAUUGAAUGAUGGAAAGUGUGAUUCCAGUGGAAGAUUAUGGGUGGGUUCCACAUCUGGACCAAGAGGAGCGACAGGCAUUGAAACGUGGCCCACUGGGUUGGGCUCCCUGUUCAGUGUCGAAGCUGAUGGCGACGUCAAGAGUCACCUGACUUCACUUGAUUUACCCAAUGGUCUCGAUUGGUCGUCCGAUGGCAGGACAAUGUAUUUUGCAGACUCAGCGCGGAGACAAGUGUGGGCUUUUGAUUUUGAUGUAAAUGCUGGCAAAAUCAGUAAUCAGCGUACUGUGGUGGAUCUGGGCAGGUCCCCAAUCCAUGAGAUGAGUUUCCCCGAUGGACUAGUCGUGGACGAGGAAGACAAACUAUGGGUAGCAUUGUGGGACGCAUCCAAGGUGGCCAGAUUUGACCCAGAAACAGGCAAAAUGAUGCAGUCGGUUUCCUUCCCGUGUCAACGAAUUACAUCAUGCUGCUUUGGCGGAAAAAACCUAGACGAGUUAUACGUGACGAGUAGCAAGUAUCCGGAACAUCUCACAGAAACUCCACUGGCAGGCUCGCUGUUCAAGGUCACUGGGUUAGGGGUCAAAGGUCGCAGAUUAAAUAUGUUUGCAGGAUAAAAA